AUGACGCGGGAGAUGCCUGAAGCCAGUGAAGACCCAAAAAAGGUGACCGCUCAACUAGAAGAACUGAAGAAGCUCAACGUCGAACUCAACGGGAAGCUAGCAGAUCUUGAAGACAAGUACUUGCGGUCUCUUGCGGAGACAGAAAAUCUGCGGCGGCGAAUGCUCAGACAAGUCGAAGAAGCGAAAGCUUUUGGAAUUCAGAACUUCUGCAAAGACAUGCUAGAGAUUGCUGACAUACUGCAGAUUGCGGUGAAUGCCAUUCCUGAAAGUACUCUGAAUAGCAGUCAGGAAGUGAAAAACCUGCAUGAAGGAAUGGUAAUGACGAAGACGCAGUUGCUUAAGAUCUUCGCUAAGCACGGCCUCGUUCAAGAGAAUCCGCUCGGGAUGAAGUUCGAUCCGAACAUACAUGAAGCGGUGUUUGAAAUACCGGAUCCGAAAAAGGAACCUGGCACCGUCGCAGUCGUACAGAAGGUGGGCUAUCUGCUGCACAAUCGAACGCUGAGGGCUGCACAAGUGGGCGUCGUCAAGGCUGCAUCCUAA